GCUUUUUUCCAAAAAGAAGUGGUCUUGAUUCUGCUUCUGCUUGGUUUUCCUGUGUUGUGUGUAACAAUUGUUACCUGCAGGGCGAAUAAAGUCAGAAGAUGAGUUUACAGCUAUACAACCAUGAAGGCAAGUGCAGAGUGGAACAAAGCCAGCAGUGGGGCUACCUCUCCUGAAAUACUGUAAUUGUACCAUAGAGAAUGCAUUGCCUCCAAGUGUUAGGAAAGAAGGGUUUGCCCUUGCUGUGCUCUGUUAGGGUGAUCUUUCUGUGGCACCUGGAAUGGACAUGGUUGAACCUAAUCCAGUGAAUGGGGAAGUCUUCAGUCCUAUGAGCGUCUUGGUUCAUGAUGCAGCUUUAGCUCUGGUGCAGGGAAUCAGUUUGGGUUUGUUUUUUUUUUUCUCAUUUUUUCCUUCUGCAGGUUUCAGGUAGAGGUGCAGGCUAUGGCUGACAGUACACAGGGCAGGUUAAUCUGGUUAAGUGGCUGUCUCCUUACCUAGCUCUGGCAUGUAGCCAGUGCUCCUGUGAGUAGGCUCCACUUGCGGACAGCCUUUGCCUUUCCUCCUCCUUUUCCCAGUUGGCUACAGGACUAGUGAGCUGAAUUAGCUCACCUCUAGCUGAUGGGGGAGGUUCUAGAGAUACCAUGAUAAAAGAAGCAGAAGCCAAGGUCUAAAAGUGGGACCAACCCUUUGGUGGCCCAAACUGUAAAAAUUAUUUGUUAGUCACCUGAAAAUUUAUCCUAGUGAUUCUGUUUUCUCAUAUUUCCUCCCAUUGUAGCACUUGCUUAGAAGUAAAGGUAGUGAGAGAACUGAUUUUAAAUUAAUUGCACAGGCAUGCCUGCAAAUGCAUCUCUUUCUGUAUUGCUCUGUGCAUUUUAAUUACUCCCUUAUGCUUUUGCAAGCAUCUCAUUUUCCCUUGUUUGCCUGCAGGAUCAGCUGCUUCAGUUUUCUGUUGCUACUUAUCCCUUAUAUAUGCACUGUCUAAUCUUGAUCUCUUGGGAGUUUAAAAAAACAGUAUCUAACUGGGUGUCAAGGGUCACAUCAAUAUUCCUCAAUUCAUUAAUAAAGAGAUUCUUAGUCCUUUAAAUCUGCCAACUGUUUUACCCUCUUGAAUAGUGUGGCUUAUGGAACAAUAAUCCAGGAGUAGCUCAUUUAGCUUGCUGUGUUCAUUGAGCUUUUCCGGUAUGAAGCACUGAGCACAGUAACAUCAUUUGUUUCACAAAUGUGUUUGAAUUCCUUGGAUUAGUUUAUUAUCUGUAAAGCAUUGCAGAAAACUGCUCUAACGUGUAAAGAAAUCUUGGGGGGUUCUUUAACUUACUUAAGAACUAACUCAGGCACAUUUAGUCAUAGAGGGAUCGUUAAGUGCAUUCUAUUUUAUAUGUAGGAGUUUAUUAAACAACUUUGGCACAGGUUAUGCUGAAUUCUUAAUUAGUAUAUGAUUAGUUUGCUAAUGGAAGUGAGAACUAGUUUCCAUUAUAAGGUACAGAGUACCUGUAAGCCCAAUGUCAUGACCUGAGCUAAAAUCCUUAGUUGACUUUGAGAUAUAUUGAAAUCAUUCAGUACUGAAGCAGUUUGACUACAGAAAGAGAUUGUUUCCUCUUCUUUUGCAGUUAGUUUUCUGUUAUAUUGACUUCUUGAGCUUUCUGUUGACCUUCCUGUAUUUGUCUUUAUUGUGUGUUGUAGUUUAACCCCAAGCACCACUUGGGCACUCCCCCACCAGUGGGACUGGGGAGAGAAUUGGAAGGGUAAAAGCUGGAAAACUCUUGAGAUAAGGACAGUUCAAUAAGGAAAGCAGAAGCCACACAGAGAAGCAAAGCAAAACAAGGAAUAAUUCGCUGUAGCCAGUUGACAGGCAGGUGUUCAACUGUCUCCAGGGCAGGUUGUUGGUUGAAUAUCGGAUGUGAUGGCAAGACCCUAUUGUGUGUAAUGGCUACUUGGGGAGACAAAUGCCAUUGCUCUGUCUUCUUUCUCUUUCCAUUUUUAUAUACUGAGCAUGAUGUCAUAUGGUAUAGAAUAUACCUUUGGUCACCUGUCCUGGCUGUAUCUGCCACCCAUCUCCCAUGAACCUCCAACUUCCUCACCAGUAUGGCAGCAUAAAAAGCAGAAAAGGUCUUGGCUGUAUGUAAGCACUGCUCAGAAAUAACAAAAACAUCUCUGUAUUAUCAGCUCUGUGUUCAUGACAAAUCCAAAACACAGCCCCAUACCAGCUACUGCAAAGAAAGUCAACUUUCCCCCAGCCAAAACCAGCACACUGAUAAAAGAACAAAAAGAGCAAUUGAAGCAAAACAUUUCUGUGCUGUGUAUCUUCUGAGAAGAGGAUUUUUCCCUGUUCCUAGAGAUAAGAAAAUACACAAAGGGAUCAUCACGGACUAGGGGAAUACAAGGCUGCCCAACUAGAAUGUAUGGAAAUUCUGGUGAUUAAAGAUCAUGGCAACCAUAGAGGAACUGGCCAAUCAAAUUUUUGAACAGCAAAUGGGAGAGGUUUCACAUUCCCAGCAAGGUGGUACACAAACACUAAUGGAUGGGACUCCACAACGAAUACAGAUUGUCCCUACAGACUCGGGCCUCUCUUUAUCACAGCGUAUACAGAUUGUCACAGAUCAGCAGACGGGCCAGAAGAUUCAGAUUGUUACAUCACUUGAUCAGAGCUCAGCAGGCAAGCAGUUCAUCUUAACAAAUCAUGAUGGCUCUACCCCAAGCAAGGUGAUCCUUGCCAGACAAGAUUCCACUCCAGGAAAAGUUAUCCUAGCAACUCCAGAUGCUGCAGGUGUCAACCAACUGUUUUUUGCAUCCCCUGAUAUAUCUUCACAACACAUCCAGAUUUUAACGGACAACUCCCCCAGUGAGCAGGGCCUAAAUAAAGUGUUUGACCUGUGUGUUGUGUGUGGAGACAAAGCAUCAGGGCGUCAUUAUGGAGCAGUAACCUGUGAGGGAUGCAAAGGAUUCUUUAAAAGGAGCAUACGGAAGAAUUUAGUUUAUUCCUGUCGAGGAACGAAAGACUGCGUCAUUAACAAACACCACCGGAAUCGCUGCCAGUAUUGUAGGCUGCAGAGAUGCAUCGCCUUUGGGAUGAAGCAAGAUUCUGUACAGUGUGAGAGGAAACCUAUUGAAGUAUCAAGAGAAAAAUCUUCGAACUGUGCAGCUUCUACAGAAAAGAUCUACAUUCGGAAAGAUCUUCGUAGUCCAUUGGCUGCAACCCCAACUUUUGUAACAGACAAUGAAACAGCAAGAUCAACAGGUUUGUUGGAAUCAGGAAUGUUUGUUAACAUUCAUCCAUCUGCAAUAAAAAGUGAGCCUACUGUGCUGAUGACUCCAGAUAAGGUAGAAGCAUGUCAAGGAGAUUUAAGUACACUGGCAAAUGUGGUGACUUCAUUAGCAAAUCUCAGUAAAUGCAAAGACACGUCACAAAGCAGUACAGAACUAUCCAUGAUCGAAAAUUUGAGCAAUGGAGAUGCAUCAUUACCUGAACUCAAGCAAGAAGAACAAGCUAGUAGUGAUGUUACAAGGGCAUUUGAUACUCUUGCAAAAGCAUUAAAUCCAGGAGAGAGCCCAGCAUGCCAGAACUCUGAAAGUAUUGACACCAGUACACAGCUCCUUGGUGGAGAAACAAGCAUGAACAUUGUUGAAAUAGAGGGGCCACUACUCAGUGAUGCUCAUGUAGCAUUCAGGCUCACCAUGCCUUCUCCUAUGCCUGAUUAUCUUAAUGUUCACUAUAUCUGUGAGUCUGCCUCCAGGCUGCUUUUCUUGUCCAUGCACUGGGCACGUUCCAUUCCAUCUUUCCAAGCUUUGGGACAGGAUAACAGCAUAUCAUUAGUAAAAGCCUGCUGGAAUGAACUUUUUACGCUUGGUCUAGCACAGUGCUCACAAAUUAUGAAUGUGGCAACGAUCUUAGCUGCUUUUGUUAAUCACCUUCAAGGCAGUUUACAACAAGAUAAGCUGCCAACAGACAGAGGAAGACUAGUAAUGGAGCAUGUCUUCAAAUUGCAAGAGUUUUGUAACAGCAUGGUUAAACUGUGUCUAGAUGGAUAUGAAUAUGCAUAUUUGAAAGCAAUCGUCCUCUUCAGUCCUGAUCACCCAGGUCUAGAAAAUGUGGUGCAGAUUGAGAAAUUUCAAGAAAAAGCUUACAUGGAGUUCCAAGACUAUGUAACAAAGGCGUAUCCAGAUGAUACUUACAGACUAUCUAGACUUCUUCUCCGAUUGCCUGCUCUUAGGCUGAUGAGUGCUGCCAUCACUGAAGAGCUGUUCUUCGCAGGACUAAUUGGCAAUGUUCAGAUUGACAGCAUCAUCCCAUACAUUCUGCGAAUGGAGACAGCAGACUACAACUCUCAGAUCAUAGGUCAUGGUGUGUAAAAGUAGCAGUCCAGGAUUCUGUACCAUGGCAAUCAUGGUGAUGUAAAUGCAUACCCUGUCUCCAAGAGAUGGUCAUAAGCCUUCCAACGCACUUUUCCAAAGAAGGCUCAUAUUCCUCCUUUCCAGUACACUUGGGAAACAUGGUGGAGUGCAUUAGAAUAUAGGAUCACUUCCUGUUCUUUAUCUGUCUUCAAGGACUUGUAAAUUAACUUGUUAUCUGAAGAAGGUCAAGAAUUGUCCAUCCUAUUUUUGUAGGUAGACGGACUUGGAAUAUUUGUUUAUGAAGUUCAGGCUUAUGAGGAAACUGAAGAAGCUUUGAUUGAACUAAGGUAUCUCAACUUAGUUUGAUGUUUUAGACAAAUAAAUUAACUUUCCUCUCUGA